UCUCUCUAGUUUUUGGUAACAUGAAAUCUCAUAAUUCUUUAAUUUGUUUGAAAUUUAUUAUCCAUUUCAACUUGUAUAGAUUUUUGGAUGAGCUUUUUGGAGAGCUUUGAGAUUAGAGCUAUAAACCAGUAACUAGUGUGCUGUGGGAGUUUUUCCCCUUUCAGCAUCAUAAAUUUAUUUACUUAAAUUUCUUUUAUAGAAAUAAUGACUAAAGAAUUAAUUACUUGUACAAUCAGUAUAAAGGUAAUCGUUUACCUCUGUGUUUCCAUAUUUUUGUUUGUCGACUCUUCUUUGUAUUGAAGUUCUGUUUCAUUUUGCCGCACGAUAUUUUACAGACUUUAUUUUCAACCUGAUCUCCUUUUAGAAUAUGAAGAAUCUUACUUUUUUCAUGCUUCAAUUCUGCUUAAAAACGCAAGGAUGCUAAAAACCUGCAUCGGAAACAGAGAGGAGUGGUUGUAUAUAUUUCAAUGAUUGUUUGCUUUACAUAUGAAAUCUUUUACUUGGGUAAUCACUUAAUUUUUCAAAUGAGUUCUAAUAAAUGUGCAGGGAAGUGCCGGCUGCCAGUAGAAGAGGGAGGGGUAUCCCACAAUCACUUCGUGCAUUUGGUCGCAUUAUGAGUUCUGAUUCCCAGCAAGAAUUAAAUGCUUUGGCAAAGGAAGCUGAACAACAUGAUGGUCGGCUGGCUCGCAAUCCUUUCCAGAACAAGAGAAGAGAGAUUGAAGCACAUCAAUUGUUGCUUUCACAAAUAGCUAAAUUAAUUGAAGAAUAUGAUUUGUCUAUCAAGGUGACAAUAACUGGUUCCUCAGCUUCUUUCAGUGGGUUAUCACAUGGUUUUUUCCUUUUGCUCUUCUUUUGUGGUUUUGCCUCUUU